UUUGAUGCAGAUGAAAGGUUGCCGCACUUAGCUGCAUGAGCGUCUCCAGUGCCAAAAAAGGUUUAACCUGGAAAUAGAAAAUAAUUCUAUCUUUGUUACACAGAGAUGCAACCACCCCUGUACUCCUUUUGCAAGCUGUGUUCUGUGGGGUUCUAAAUAAUCCAUGUCGCUACUUAAGUGGUGGUGUGUUACUUUAUUCCCAUUUUUAGCAGGUGGAUUGUCAGGUGUAUCUAUAAAAGAAGAUGUUAUGUAUGGGAUUGAAAAUGAGCCACUUUUUCUGAUUGCUGAAUAUUUUCAAGAUCCUUCGACACCAAUUGAGAUUAUUAUAUGGGAGCUGAAGAAGGAAAUGCACACCACUAGGAUACUUCAGCACAUCAUGAAUAAAAAUCUAACAAUCCUGUCUGAUCCAUAUAAGAGCAGAUUACAUUUUUAUAGGGACAGUGGUUCACUGCAGCUACAAAGAUUUGCAAACAGUACUGAUGUGGGAGUUUAUGAAAUAAUACUGAUCGAUUCUAAUGGUGCUGAAAUAAAGGCCUCCAUGCAAGUGAAACAGUAUGAGAGAAUAGAAGAACUCUCCAUAAAUGUUCAGAAAAGUACAAUAGCUUCAUCACUAGUGCUGCUGUUUGUUUGUUCUGUAAAGUCUGGAACAGCACCACAGUUUUCCUGGCAGAAAGAUGGCAAAAAUAUCACAUGCAAAACCACUGAUACCAUUUCUGAUUAUGGCAUAAACUAUACUAUGGAUGUUGCGACCUGCAACCUUUCCACUGACGGUACUAAACUAACUUUUGUAUCAGGAAGUCAUACAGUAUGUGGAAAUUUUUCAUGCACUGCUAAAAAUCAGCUAAAUGUGAGGAUGACAUAUCACACAGUAUCAGAUGAAGAGUGUUCCAAAAAAGACCAUUUGCAAAGCAGCCUCCGUCAUUAUGUAGUAAUUUAUGUAUUUCCUUUGUUCCUCAUUGCUGUCAUUAUUUUCUGCAUAUAUAUAAAAAGGCGGCCGAAAUAAUCGGAACUGUGAAGUAAAUUCACAAAGUGGUAUGCAGCAGGAAUUGCAGGAGUAAAAUUAGGCAACUGGUGUCUCAUGAUCCAUCAUAUGUAAAUUAAGAAAUGGGACCAGAAUGUAAUCCUUUAUUUAUACCUGCUAAACUUGCAUGUGCUGUAUUAUGAUUAAGGUGUGAGACAAAAUGAUUAGUAGUUUUAACACCUUGACUGAAAAGUAUAGCACAGAUAUUGUUA